GCAGAGGCGACUCGCACCCGUUCUUUAUAUAAGGGUAGUGUGCCUUUGAAAUUUCGCCACUGGUUUUGAUUAAUGCGACCGGGACGGAUUUGCCGUGUUUUCUGCCGCUCCUCGUGUCUGUCGAAUUUAUUCACGAGCGAGCGUGACGUGAAUCAUCGACGGACGUUAAUUCCGCCGCUGGUCGAGCUUAGUUUCGACCACGACAUAAAAGAGAGACCUUGUAGAGUUCGGUGACCACCGGAAGAAGUAAUGUUCUUGAACACGAGCAAUCUGCCGGACGACGUUCUCGCCGUCGAAGAAAUGGCGCCCAGUGUUUACAUCUUAGCGGCGAUCGCACUGGGCUUCAUCGGGUUCUUCGGCUUCAGUCUGAACUUACUGGUCAUAUUGACGGUUGUCAUAAACGCAAAUGUACUCUGGACGCCCAAUAACAUGGUCCUCGUCAACAUGGUCGUUGGAGAUCUUUUAGUGGCUAUACUGGGAAAUCCCGUCUCAAUGAUGUCAGCGAUCUCAGGUGCAUGGUAUUGGAGUGACAAAAUGUGUCUGUGGUACGCGUGGUUCAUGUCCACCAUGGGAUUCGCCAGUAUCGGAAAUUUAACGGUGAUGGCAAUGGAGAGAUAUCUACUGGUUAAAUUUCCAAUGAAAUCAUUAUCAAAGAGGAACGCUUAUCUAGUAAUAUUUUUGGUUUGGAUAUACGCGUUCUGCUUAUCAAUACCGCCCUUUUUCAAUUGGGGGGUGUACGGCUUUGAAGCAGGGAACAUAUCCUGCAGCGUGUCCUGGAAUCAACACGAUCCAAAAACGCACAACGACACUUAUAUCGGAUUUUUAUUCGUUUUUGGGUUCUUCCUUCCCAUCACGCUAAUUUCCUUUAGCUACUGCGGCAUGAUAGGAACUAUGAAGUCAAUAAGAAAACGGCUUAAGUCGACCAACAGACGAGAAACAAAAAUCACGCAGAUGGUUUAUCUGAUGAUCACCGCUUUUCUAAUCGCCUGGACGCCCUAUGCCAUCUUUGCGCUCGCGUCUCAGUAUUUUUACGUACAGAUUUCCAGUUCUGUGGCGGUGGUGCCCGCACUUUUAGCGAAGUCCUCCAUCUGCUACAACCCAAUCAUAUACGCGAGCAUGAACGCUCAGUUCUCGCGUUUCUGGAAGAACAGGUUUUUCCCGAAAACAACUUCAAAAGUUACCACCAACAACACGGCGGUGAUAACGAAAAUAGAAAUGAAGAAUUUCAAUCGGCAACAGCCACAGACAAACAAAUCAAACGACAGCACCGAGUACGUUUCUCUGAAGUAAAGAACGCAACACACACGGAAACGAUAGAAAAUAUGUUACACGUAUAAAUGUAUACAGAGAGAGAGUGUGAGGUAGGACAAGUAACGCAAUCGAGAAAAUGGAUUCUUUGUGCAGAAAGUUGAAAAUAUAAGAUAAACAUUUUUUUCGUGCGCGAAGUUUUAGUUUCCGAGCGAGUUGAUUUUUGAAAAUUUAGAGAAAAAUUGAUAUCGCAUUCACUUUUCGUUGUGUUCGUUUGAUCUUC